GCCACUUGUGAGCAAUCUGAGGAACAGCUGUUAGCAGUAAUUGGGGUGCUGCUGCUGUAGUUUGCUUUUGUGGAUGUCUGACAACACGCAGAGCUGCUUUGGUGUAUCAGGGAACAUGGUGCUAGAAGAGCUGUAAGCAGGCUGUGUUCGGCUGUGGUAUUGCUGCCCCUUAAUUGGCUUUGGCUUCCUAAUGAGGAUGAACUUGGUGAUGCUGAGACCAGGCUGUGAGCUUCUGUGUGUUCGUGGUGCUGUGGGGUCAGCAGGCAGUGUUGCCUUGGGUGCUGCUUUUCUCCUGCUAUGGCAAAUGGGGCUGGAGGAUCUGAGAUGCAUCUGGGCCGUGGCUUUUUCUCAAUACAUCAGCAAGAGUUCAUAUGUGGUCCCCAACAAAACCAGAGGGCAAAAUCUGGGCUUUGUGGUUGAAAGGCAGCUCUGAUGAGGAAUUUCUCCUCUGACCUCAAAGAUCAGUUCUUCCUUCUUGCAGGUCUAAGUGAUGGAGAGGGAGAUGAGAUCCGGGGGGAUAUUUCACGCUGUGUAUCUCUGAAUGUCCCUACUGUUAGACUUACUGCCAUGUUUCUGAGUUAUAAGUUACAGGUUGGGUACAGCUCUGGGACUGCGCCAUGGAUGGAUGCACCUCCAGCACCCAUUGGGUGCCUCUCUAAGAGCUCUGCUCUCUCACCUCUCAUUCCAGCCCUGCCCAAACCUCACUAAGAUGUUGUGCUACCAACAGCAGUGCUUUCCUCCUCUCCACCAAGAGCACAUCUCCAUUAAGUGCCCCCAAACACACCCUCUGAUGCACAGAUGGCAGUCAACACUGUGCACCCCGCAGUACGUGACCCCCUGCACUCCUCGGCAGCGGUUUCUGUCAUCCAGCUUCUCCCCGCAGCAGUGUGUGACCCAGUGCAUACCACGGCAGCAGUAUGCAACCAAGUGCAUUCAACAGCAACAGCGUGUGACCCAGCACAUCCCACCAGCCAGGUGCGUGACAACCUGUGUGCCACAGCAAUCAUGUGCCACCCAGUGCACGUCGCAAGAGGCUUGUGUGACCAAGUGCAUGCCCCAGCAGCAGUGUGCAACCAAGUUCAUCCCACAGCAACAAUGUGCAACCAAGUGCAUCCCACAGCAGCAGCAUUCAGCCCGGUGUGUGACCACAUGCAUGCCGCAGCAGCCAUUCCUGACCAAGGGAAUCCACCAGCAGCAUAGUGCGACCAUGUGCAUCCCGCAGCACUGCGUGACCACGUACACCCCACACCAGCAGUGUGCAACCAGAUGUGUGACCACGUGUGUGCCACGGCAGUGUGCCACCAAGUGUAUCUCGCAGCGCUAUGUGACCGCUUGUGCCCCGCAGCAAUGUGCCACCAAGUGCAUCCCACAGCAGCAGUGUGCAACCAGGUGUGUGACCACGUGUGUGCCGCAGCCAUGUGAGACCAAGGGUGCCAGCAUUUGUGUCCCGCAGCAGCACCAGUGUGCCACCAAGAGUGUCCCACAGCAGCACCAGUGUGUCCCACAGUGUGCCACCAAGGGUGUUCCACAGCAGCACCAGUGUGCCACCAAAGGGAUCCCACAGCAGCACCAGUGUGCCACCAAGUGUGUCCCACAGCAGUGUGCCACCAAAGGGAUCCCACAGGAGCAGCAGUGUGCUACCAAGUGCAUCCCACAGGAGCAGCAGUGUGCCACCAAGUGCAUCCCACAGCAGCACCAGUGUGCCACCAAAGGAAUCCCACAGCAGCACCAGUGUGCCACCAAAGGAAUCCCACAGCAGCACCAAUGUGCCACCAAGGGCAGCCCACAGCAGCACCAGUGUGCCACCAAGUGUGUCCCACAGCAAUGUGCCACCAAAUGUGUCCCACAGCAGCACCAGUGUGCUACCAAGUGUGUCCCACACCAGUGUGCCACCAAGGGUGUCCCGCAACAGCAGCAGUGCGUUACCAAGUGCGUCCCACAGCAGUGUGCCACCAAGGGUAUCCCACAGCAAAGUGUGACUCAGUGCGUCCCACAGCAGCCGUAUCAGUCAGGUGGAGUGAAAAUUUCAAGCCAUGCUAAGAAGUACUGCUCUGCAUCCAAAUGGCCCUGGUAAAGAGGAGGGUCCAUGGAAAAUCAGUGAGGUAUGGCUUUGGGGCAAAGUUAUUUAUCUUCUUCUAUCACCUGCCAAUUUAUUGCUAUUGUUUAAUUCUGCUUUAUCUCUGUUUUCCAGUCCUUUCCCUGUAGCUCAGCUCUGUUUUGGGCCAAGGUGAAAUAUUAAUCUCUGCGUUCCAGAUAUCUGUGGCUUGUUCCUUAGUCUGCUGCAAGAAGUAGUUUAGUAUGUUACUAAAUUCUCACCUCAUUGAAAGGAAUAGUUUUAAUAGGGGAAAAAAGUAGAAAUGCCAAAGGAGUCCCUCUGAUGACAGCAUCAAGAGGACCAAUGGAGUGGCCAACAAGGGCUCUGGGCUCAGUCCUGGCCUACAGGAAACGAUACCCAGGCUGUCCUGGAUCCCCCAAGGCUGCACAUUCUCCAAAAGAGUCAUUGUUGCUCACAGAUUUGGAAGCCAAAUGUAAAUUUGCUAAGCAAAAUGUAUCUGAGUCUUGUUCCAACAGCCUUCAUUGCAGGAGGUGGCCAGCAAUCCCUGCUGACUCCGCAUUGACUUCAGCGGAGUCCCUGAGCGAGGCAGGAUCUCUGGUCAGAGGAGUUGGUUCUGCUGAAACUUUAUAUGUGAAAGUUUUUUUAUAUUCACUUGGUUGCUAUGGUUAAUGUGGAAAACAAAGCCUGAAACAAAAGAAAGUCUUGGAAAUGAAACUGAAAGCUGUAGCACUACUCCUUUGUAAAUGUUUGAGAUACUGAAGUGAUAAACUAUGUUCAUUAUGCUGCCUGAAGAUGUGUACUUUGCAU